AUGCAGCUGUAUAAGCUUGGUCUUCUGGUUUCGUCUCUUGUAGCCUAUGUUGGCGCAGAUUCGACAUUUACACCUGCUCGGCCCCCAGCUGUGCCUCUUGCAGUUAGGUCGCCGUACUUAAGCACUUGGCUUGAUGCUGGGAGUGACGGUGGUGAUGGAGGCUAUCUAGCUGGCGAAUGGCCCACGUUCUGGGAGAACCAGGUAACUGGCUGGUGCGGCUUGAUUCGCGUUGAUGGCGUGGCUUAUACUUGGAUGGGAUUGCCUGGAACUACGACAGUCAACCAAACGGCAUUGGAAUACACUUCCACCAAGAGCAUCUUCACUAUGGAUGUUGCCGGUGCCGUGGAGAUGAACAUCACUUUCAUGUCGCCAAUUACGCCCAAUGACCUUAAACGCCAAUCUCUUGUCUUUUCUUACCUCAAUGUCGAAGUGAAUUCUCUCGAUGGCAAGGAGCACGAUGUACAGGUAUACGCUGAUAUCUCUGCUGAGUGGGUAUCGGGAGACCGUGGUGCAAUUGCUCAAUGGGAUUAUGGCACUACCGAUGAUAUUGCAUACCACAAGGUCUAUCGUCAGACACAACUGGCGUUCUCCGAAGUCAACCAGCAGGGCGAAUGGGGUUACUGGUACUGGGCUACUGAUUCCAACGGCAAAAUGACACGUCAAUCUGGCCAGGAUACCGUGGUCCGUGGCCAGUUUUCUUCCAAUGGUACACUGACCAAUGGUGCCGACACCAACUACCGUGCUAUUCAGGAUGAGUGGCCGGUGUUUGCAUUCGCAUCCAACCUGGGCUCCGUGUCUUCAACUCCCGUCAGCACGCUUUUCUCUCUGGGUCUUACUCAGGAUGAGGCCGUUCAGUAUGAAGGUUCUUCGACGUACGCUCCCGUUCAGUCCCUCUGGAAGGCCUACUUCGACACUGAGCUGGAAGCAUUGUCGUUCUUCCACAAAGAUUACAGCUCAUCUAGCUCUCUCGCUAGCGAUUUCGACAACCAGGUGGCCCAGGACUCUACUGCUCUUGGCGGUAAUGACUAUCUCGCGCUUACCUCGCUGGCGGCCCGACAGGCAAUUGGUGCCACUCAGCUCUGCGGCACUGAAGACAAGAUGUACCUUUUCCUUAAGGAAAUCUCGUCUGAUGGAAACUUAAACACCGUAGAUGUCAUGUUCCCAGUUUACCCAUUUUUCAUCUACACCAACCCCGAGUUAUUGAAGCUAGUUAUGGAGCCAUUGUACGAGAACCAGCUAGCUGGUAAAUACCCCAAUGCUUGGGCUAUGCAUGAUAUGGGUUCAAACUAUCCAAAUGCUACUGGUCACUCUGAUGGAACCGAUGAGAAGAUGCCUUUGGAAGAGUGCGGAAACAUGGUUAUCAUGACUCUUGCAUAUGCAUUGAAGUCCAAGGACACGGAUUACUUGACAGAACGUUACUCGCUCCUGACCCAGUGGACUGAAUACCUGAUCGAGGACGCUCUAUACCCUGCCAACCAAAUCUCGACGGAUGACUUUGCUGGGUCUCUAGCCAACCAAACCAACUUGGCCCUGAAGGGUAUGAUUGGUAUCCAGGCUAUGGCUGUUAUUGCAAAACAGACGGGCAACACUGCCGAUGCGGCCAACUAUUCUAGUAUUGCCCACAGCUACAUCACAAAAUGGCAGGACCUGGCCAUUAACAAAGACGCUUCUCCACCCCACACCACUCUGAACUACGGUAACGCGAGCAGCCAUGGUCUCCUGUACAACCUUUACGCGGACGCACAGCUGGGUCUGGGCUUGGUGCCUGACUCUGUCUACCAGAUGCAGAGUGACUUCUACCCUACCAUUGUGAACAAGUAUGGCGUCCCCCUCGACACACGCCACACUGAGACCAAGGCCGACUGGGAAUUAUGGACUGCCGCCAUCGCGUCGACUGACACCCGCAACAUGUUCAUCGAGCACCUGGCCACUUGGAUCAACGAGACUCCAACCAACAAGGCUUUCACUGACUUGUACGAUACUGUCACCGGAAAUUACCCGCAAACUCUCUUCUUCGCCCGCCCCGUUGUAGGCGGCACGUUCGCUCCUCUCCUGGUCACCCAGUAA